CAUAUUUCUGGAAAGUGACUUUUGUGAGAAUGAAAGACCUAACAUGACUGAUGGAAGAAUCCUCCAUCACUAGGACAAAAGAAAAAAAAAUUGAAACCAGUGCGAAGAGAUUCCUGAACUAGCUUCAUUUCCCUGUACGUCGUUAGCACACAUACUGAAAACUUCAACAGCACAGAUCAACGUGAACACACAGCUAAUGCAACGGUUGUCUACUGUCCAUUAGCAGAAUAAAAGAGCCAACAUCUGUGUCACUGCUCAUUUGCCCACGAGUCGAACUGAUCGGGCCACGCACUGGAGUCGAUCAUGAGUGAGCGGCAGACCAACGUCAACAGCCUUUUCCUGAACGAGGACUCGGCCAAGCGGACCACCGCAGACAGUCGAGUCCAGCGGUUCCAAAAGGCGGUGCGGAAGAGAGCUGGUCGGGCUAAGAAAAGCUUCAGCAACAUCAGCCGUCAAAGCGUACAGAGCUUUAUCAAGAAAAAUGCCUUUGUUCUUUUAACUAUCUUUGCAGUCAUACUUGGUAUAAUUCUAGGUUUUACCCUCCGCCCCUACAAGCUGUCCUAUCGUGAGAUUAAGUAUUUCUCUUUCCCGGGUGAGUUGCUGAUGAGGAUGCUGCAGAUGCUGGUGCUGCCACUCAUUGUUUCCAGUCUAGUUUCAGGAAUGGCAGCCCUGGACAGCAAAGCAUCUGGUAAGAUGGGAGUCCGAGCUGUAGUUUUCUACAUGGUAACCACUAUCAUCGCUGUGUUCAUUGGAAUUGUCAUGGUAAUGAUCAUCCAUCCUGGGAAAGGAUCAAAAGUUGACCUACAUCGGGAGGGAAAGAUUGAGAAGGUGCAGGCAGCUGAUGCUUUCAUGGAUCUAAUCAGGAAUAUGUUCCCACCCAAUCUAGUUGAGGCUUGUUUCAAACAGUACAAAACAAAUUAUGGCACACGAAAAAUCAUGAGACCUACAUCAUCACCCAUCAAUCUUACAACCAGCACUGAACCAUCCAUGAUGGAAAACAUAACUGAUGCGAUCAGAAAAUUGCAGGAGUUGAUGCUUGAUGAGGAGGUUAUUCCAGUUGCUGGUUCAUCCAAUGCAGUGAAUGCACUGGGUCUUGUGGUCUUCUCCAUUGCAUUUGGUCUUGUAAUCGGCAACAUGAAACAGCAAGGACGGGCACUGAAGGAAUUUUUUGACUGUCUUAAUGAGGCCAUCAUGAGACUUGUUGCAAUUAUUAUCUGGUAUGCCCCUAUAGGUAUCCUCUUCCUGAUUGCAGGCAAAAUAAUGGAAAUGCAAGACCUUACCGUGAUGGGUGGACAACUGGGGAUGUACACUGUGACGGUGAUAAUUGGGCUGCUAAUCCAUGCACUCGUUGUCCUGCCACUUCUUUAUUUUAUAGUCACCCACAAGAAUCCCUGGGUUUUUAUUGGUGGAAUAUUGCAGGCCUUGAUCACUGCACUUGGCACUUCAUCCAGCUCAGCAACUCUCCCAAUCACCUUUAAGUGUCUAGAAGAAAAUAAUGGUGUGGACAAGCAUGUCACUCGCUUUGUCCUUCCUGUUGGAGCUACUAUCAACAUGGAUGGCACAGCCCUCUACGAGGCCCUGGCUGCCAUCUUUAUUGCACAGGUCAACAAUUAUGACCUAAACUUUGGACAAAUCAUCACUAUCAGUAUCACUGCAACAGCAGCCAGCAUUGGAGCUGCAGGAAUACCACAGGCUGGUCUUGUUACCAUGGUGAUAGUGUUGACAUCCGUUGGACUUCCCACGGAGGACAUCACCCUGAUCAUCGCAGUGGACUGGUUCCUGGAUCGUCUGCGAACUACCACUAAUGUGCUUGGUGACUCAUUGGGAGCAGGCAUUGUGGAGCACCUGUCAAGGCAUGAACUGCACGCACCAGAUGCAGAAGUUGGAAAUUCUGUCAUUGAAGAAAAUGAGAAACCUUAUCAGCUCAUCUGCCAGGAGCAUGAAAACCAGAAGCAGUUGGAUAGCGAGACUAUGAUGUGACCCUGAGACUAAGACAGGCUCAGAACUGUAGAGAUAAAUACAUACCACCAUGUAAAUUGUGUGUCUGUGCAUUUCUAAUUAAACUAGUCAACAAGGGAAUGUCUAAAAUAGUCUACAUCAGCAAGAAACUCACAAAGUAGGGGCAGACCUGUAUGCAUGUGUAUCUCCAUGUGUGUGCAUGUAUGAGUAUUCAUGUAUAUAUGGGUGUCAUUGUUUGUGUGUACAUAAUGUGUGAAUCUUCAUGUAUGAAUGUCUCCACCUGUGUUUGAAUGCCUUUCUUUGUAGGUCCGCAUUAUUGUGAUUAUAGACAUGCAUACAUAAAUACAUAGAUAGACGCACACACACACACAAACACACUUACAUACACACACACACACACACAUAUAUAUGUAGUCACACACACACACACACACACACACACACAGAUACAAACACACAUAUUGACAUAAAACAGAAGGGAUAUCAGUUUGAGUGUGCAUGUGUCUCCACGUGUGACAGUAUUUAUGCAUAUUCAUGUGUACAGGUCUCUGCAUGUGUGUGCCUUUGUACAUGCAUGUAUGUGGAGUUGUCUAACUAGAAUUUUAAACCAGGUAGAUGCCUCAGUAGCACUUUCCUAGUUGGGACAAGAUUUUAUUGUGUCCUGAGUGUAGUGAAAUUGUAAAUAUGUUUCUGAUUUUGCUAUACCCGAUACACAGUGGAAAUCAUCUCCCAUUGUCAGAAAAGGAUUCAUUUUCAUUAGAAAUACUUGAUGAAGAAAAAAUUCAAAGGGACAGUGAAAGGACCGGGAAAUGGGAUGGUAAUAGACAGCUCUGAUUUGCAGUAACAAAAACAAUGAACUGAAAUAGUCUCCGUUCUGAGAUUUCUACAAUAAUAUUGUGAUGUACUCCUGUGUCAAACUGGUUACAUUUUGCAAAGUUUUAAUGUCUUGGCAGACAUCUAACAAGGAACUGAUUUUCUUCAUCUGUUGCAAGUCAUGCCUAAAAGGUUAAGAUAUGGUGCUAGAUCCAUUUGAGUGCUGAGAUAGAUUUUGAUUUUGUGCUAUAGUGUAAAACGAAUGAUGACAAAUCAGCAACCUGUUUUGCAUCUCUUCCAAUUUUUAUUUCCAUUGAAAGGCAGAGGAAACCCUGAAUAUCCAUUUACAAUGGCCAUUAAUUUCUGCCUUUCUAGACACACUGUAAGAGGACGAAAGGGACAAGUGAAGCCUCAGAUCAGCGCUCACACAUUUUAACAUGAAACUCCUGCAUUUUUCCAAAUGGGGAAGGGUUUCCACAUUAAUUAGGCCAGAAAUGUGGCAAAAUGGAAGUGACUCUGAGGUCCUGCUAAGAGGCUCUGUGUUUCAAUAUCUCCUACAUAUCCUGUCCCAUUUCCGAGACAUUUCAGCUGGUCUGGCCUGAAAGCAGGAAGUCUGUAAUAUCUCUCCUUUCACAAAAUUACUUUGCCCCAAUUAUUAUGUUAUUUGCCAUCAUGAGACCAGAGAAAUAAAAUAAACUAAACAAAAUAGUAUUAACUAGUUAUUGUAGCAAACAUACCUUGAUUCAUUAAUCAGGCAGGGUGAUGCAGACACUUAAUCUUCGGGAAAACCCUGAUAAUAAUGUAAAAGUAGAUCCUUUGAGUAACUGCAGCUACACAGCAUCAAUUAGGCACGUUGAAUUGUGCGCACACUUAUAGCAUCAGUAUGCAGAAGGGUAGAAAACCUUCAGAUAUUCUAAAAAUAACAUUUCCAAAUUUUCAGAUGUUCUCAUUGUCAGAUGAUGUAAAAUGUACAAUAUCUGUUAUGUAUUUCUAAUUUCUAAAUGAUAUGUGGCAUAAGAUCAGAAACUUGUACUCAAUCCAAACAAGACAUUGUACUUCCGUAUCACUGACUGAGUAAAGUCUCCUCCAUUACGCUGGUUUUGGGUGUGCAUCUUGCUACAAUUAAAUAUGUAGUUCCUACA